AUGAGAGUGAAGGAAGCAAAGCUGAGCGCUGCAGCUGCAGUUCCAGCCAUUGACGAUUCUGAAAUGAACAUCGAGGGCAAGAAGAAAACGUCCAAAAAGGACAAGUCUAAGGCCGUGUUGGAGACACCAGUGACAAAAAGCAACACCGCCCUCCAAGAGGAAAAGGAGAAGAAGAAGAAGUCGCCCAAGUUGAAGAAUCAAAAGCCACAGGGCGAUGACUGCAAGUACAAGCUAAAGCUGGAGGAUGGAAGAGCAGACUCGGACGCUAAGGACACCAAAAAGAACAAGUCCAAGUCCAAGAAGAGAGACUCGUCCGAGGAUGGCGACAGCAACGUAUCUGGUGGGCAGGAAGCCACGGCACCAGCCCCAAAGCAAGCCGUGUCCGAGCUGGACAAAAAAGUAGCCAAGGAGCAGCGAAAGGCCGAGAAGAGACUGAAAAAGGAGCAAAAGCAAAAGGCCAAGACGGAAGGGAAGGAGAAGCGGAAGCGUGACAACGACGACGAUAAUGACGUCCAAGAAAGCGACGCCCCGAAGGAGGACGACGCAGCCGCACGCAAGAAGGCCAAGAAGCAGAAGCGUAAGCACGACGAGGAGGCCGCCGCCGCCGUCACCACCGCGACGAGCGCGCCUAUAGAAGCAGCAGCAGCAGAAGGAGAAGAACUGCAGCCAAAGCUCAAGAAGGAGAAGAAGAAAGACAAGAAGGAGGAAAAGAAGCGCAGUGGGAAACCCGCUGACGACAGCGCGUCGCCAACCAAGAAACCAGCACCACCGGCACUAGUCUCACCACCAACACCACCAACCAAAGCAGCGGCUCCCAGCGAGGACUUCAUGGCGCGAUGGAACGCGCAGAAGCUCGAGGGCGGCACGUCGCGGCAGGACAAGUUUAUGCGGCUGCUAGGGGGCAAGAAGCAGGGCGCCACUGCCGCCGUCGCCGCCGCCGCCGCCGGGACAGGAGGAGGAUUAGGAGUGUCGCGGCCGCGGCUCGACAUCGACGUGGCGUCCAAGGAGCUUGAGCAGCAGUUCGACUCGGGGAUCAAGUUGAAGUUUGGGCUCGGGGGGCAGCGGCGGGGGCUGGGCAUGUGA